AUGAUGGUCAAGGUCAUCGCGCCGCCGGAGCGCGAAAUGUCCGCGUGGAUCGGCUGCUCGGUCAUGGCCAGCUUGUCGACCUUCUCGAGGAGUUGGAUCAGCCGCCAGGAGUACGAGGCGGACGGCGCCGCGGCCGUCGUCCAACGCAAGCUAGCCUAG